AUGAGAACUCUGACUGUUUCAAACACCUCAAGCACUCCACCAUCGGAUCAAUUCCGGGAUGAAAUUUCAUCUACUAGAUCAGUUGACAAAUUUACGUUGGAUCCACAUUGUAUUGCAUCCAAGGCAGAUAUAUCCACCAACACGGCAAACCCCCCUGAAUCAGCAAGAAAAAUGGUCACGCCUGCAGUAGUCACCAAUAAGAAAGAGGAAGAAGAAGAUGAAGAAGAAGAAGAAGAUGAUACCAAGUUCUACCUGCUAGAUCCAAAUCAAUUAGAGUUUGACGCACUGGUGUUUUGUGGUCCUAUUGAAAGUGGAAGAGACAGAGACCCUCUCUCCUUUGACUUAUCAUUGAAUAUAUUAGCCCAAGAACAACUCGAGUACGAGUUCGGAUCCAGAGUAAGCAAAGAAAGUAUGGGGCAAGCUAGGGAAGCAUCUGGGCUUCAACUUUUACUUGAGGGAUGUGAGUUGGAAGCUGGAUCUAUACCUGUGAUUGAUUUUGAUAACACAGAUUUGAAACUUGAUGACCUCAAUCUGAAAAUCCGAUAUUUGUUAGCUGAGAAAGAAUGCUACAAUACUUUAGUUGAAUCCCUGGUGCUUCAACUAAACGAGUUAAUUGGAGAUGCGAGUUCCCAUGAUUUCGAUAUACACACUCCAAUUUUGGAUCAAUUGAGUGCAGAAGAAAGUGAAGAAAGUGAAGAAAGUGAGUGA